AUGGACGAAAUUGAAAUCCUCAAGAAAGACCUAAACACGGAAAAGGUUUUCUACGACUUAAAUUGGCACGAACUGGUUUUGGACAGCUCGUUCGACCCAUCUGCUUAUGAAAAUUUCGAUCCCUUUAAAAAUGGUGAAAACGGGAAGUUACCAUAUACCCUACAGGAUAAGGAAAAAAAUGGGCACGUUGAUAGCUACUUAGCAGGGGAGUACAUUCACAAGUCGGAGAAAAAUAACACUUCUAGAGAUGACGUACGUGGUACCCUACUACAGCGCGGAACCAUGAAUAAGAAUAAAAAAGCGGAUAAAGGGGGUAGGCCAGACAAAUCGGCCAACUCAGGGGAUAGCCCCAGACGCCCCAGACGGAGACGCGAAAAAAGGGGUACCUCGAAUGGACAAAAACAGCCCCUAAUAGAAACGGAGCCCAUUCCAAGCACCCCCAUCCAUUUUUGCAUACCGAACAUUCCACGCCAAAAGAAGACACAAGGAGAAAUAAAAAAAUGCGAGUUCAUAGAAGAAAUAAAAUCCCUGCAUCCAUCCAGCCCAGUGAGCUUUAUCCCCCCCGUGGAUAUCCUCUACGAUGAAGAGAAGGUUGUUUUUUAUUUUUUCAUUUCAGGAGACUUACAGAAUUUUAACAUUUCUUCAAACAAUAAUUAUGUAACAAUAUCUGGCAGGAAAAUCCCCUACGAUGAUCACAGAUUUGCCAAUUAUUAUUCCCACGAAAUCAAGGGAGGCUAUUUUGUGCGCAGCUAUCUUUUUAUGAAGCCCAUUCAACAGGAAAAUAUUCGCUAUGAACACAGAGACGGGGUCGUCAAGGUGUUUGUGUUUCUUUCCAAGGGUGAGAAAUAG